CAUAUAAAUCCCAACAGCUGAUCAACAGACUUCAGAAAGCCCAAGACCUUCAACAGAGUUCAGCACGGAGAGAGAGCGAAAGGGGGGAAAAGCCGGAGCUCGCUGAGAGGCAGCGUUUUCAUGAGUGACUUUUCUGCCAUCCUCUAUUACAAUGAGUGGUAAAUAUUUACGUGGGAACUGUCAAAUACUCCAUUAAUAAAGGGACGCUCUGUGAAGUUUAAAACGAGCCAAAUCCUGGGAGCAGUUACCAGACUAUUUUCUAGGGUCGACCUGUGAGGAGACUGAGUACAGCUGCACGAGGAAGACAGAGAGCGAGGAGAAGAGCGAAGGAACGGAUCUCUCACUGUCUCACAGCGGGGGUGUUGUCCAGUGCCGAAGCCUGCCUGCCUAUACAUGCACGCAGCACUGAAAGGGAGCUAUCCAGUGCUGAAGUUGCAUUUCUUACCAGCGGAACACGGCGCUGUAGCACGUAAACCAGCAGCUCAACAAGGACUAGCAGCGUGAGGAUUCGGAAGGGAUCUCAGGCUUUUCUCCCUGUGCUGGCAUCUGAUCACACACAAAUCUGCUUGCUGAAGAGCGAUUCAGCCCGUAUAUACAGCUAGUCCCUUUUCAGCCCGCCUUGCAUGAGGAGUGACCCAUUGAACCACCGGACGAGUGUUGUUUUGUGCAGCGUAGAACCAUGCCAAGAUCUUUUCUGGUCAAAAAGGUUAAGCUCGAUGAUUUCUCAUCUGCUGAUCUGGAGAGACAUUAUGGCAGGUCGAGGACCGACCUCAGCCUCCGCUUUCAUGAAAAAGGGUACAUCAGUGACUACAUGACCCCGUCUGUCUACGACGGCGAAAGUGACAAUGGCAUCCACAGCGAAAAAGGCCCCUCUCCCAGCCCCAUCUACAAUGGCAUCCACAGCGACUACGGAGCACCAGACUCGGACCAGCCCGACAGCCCCCAUUCCGAGAUCUCCUCCGGCUACAUCAACGGAGACACCGCAGUGAGCGAGGGCUACACGGUAGAUGCCUUCUUCAUCACGGACGGAAGGUCGAGGAGAAAAGCCAUCAGCAGCCCCAGGACCAUACAGCGUCACACGUGCAACGAGUGUGGAAAGACGUAUGCCACAUCCUCCAACCUGAGCCGGCACAAGCAGACCCACCGGAGCCUGGAGAGCAAGAUGGCCAAGAAGUGCCCCACCUGUGGGAAGGUGUAUGUGUCCAUGCCUGCCAUGGCCAUGCAUCUGCUCACCCACGACCUCAAACACAAGUGUGACAUAUGUAGCAAGGCCUUCAGUAGACCUUGGCUGCUGCAGGGACACAUGCGGUCUCACACUGGCGAGAAGCCCUUUGGAUGCGCACACUGCGGAAAGGCGUUCGCCGACCGCUCUAACCUCCGCGCUCACAUGCAGACGCACUCCGCCUUCAAGCACUACAAGUGUAAGAGAUGCAACAAGACCUUUGCUCUAAAGUCCUACCUUAACAAGCACUACGAGUCCGCCUGCUUUAAGGGAGAGUUCUCACCUAUAAGCUCCAUUGACGACUGACUUCCAGUACCCAUGAACAUGUAAUGAAACUUCUUCCAACGGCUUCCCUAUAUUAUUCCCUAGACAACCUGUUCCAUGGUGACAGCACAGGUCUUAUACCCUCCUGCAGCAAACAGCAUCACUAAGGACAUGUUGGAUUACUCAUGUAGCCUAUACCCAAACGUCUAUUUCCAUUGGCUAUCCUCCCUUGAUUGUUAUAACAACAACAAUUUGUUCAAGUAUUAUGAGCUGAAAUAUCAUAUGUUUGCCAAACUCACAGGACAUUGAAAAUGUCUUAAUUUCUCUCAAAGGUCAAACCUUUUAAAGUAUUGGACAAUAUUGUACUGGUGUUAAUGGACACAAAAGUGUUCAAGGUUGAGGUAAACCUAUUUAUUUAUUCACUUAUUUAUGUAGGCCUAUCUAUUUAUUAAUUUAUUUUUUACUUCAA